AUGGACGAGUAUCAAUCAAUGGACGUGUAUUCAUUAUUAGAUCCUAUGUUUUAUUCUUCAUUAUUGAAGAAUAAAACUUAUCAAAAUACCAAGAGUAAUAUCAAAAAUGAAAAAUGUUAUUACAUCUCAACGCCUCGACCUGAAGACCGUGUCAUUAUUAAUGGUCAGCUAGUUACAUGGGAUUGUCCUAUCGGUUAUUUUUGUCCUAAUAAAAGAGAUAAAUUUAAAUGUUCGCCUGGUUUCUUUUGCCCUGAAAAUUCUGCACAACCCGUAUAUUGUUGCGAGGGUUAUUAUUGCUCUGAAAAUGCAAAAAACAUUUUUUUGUGUCCCGAAGGUUCUUUCUGUACUGCCGGAACUACUGAUCCAAUAUCUUGUAACUUCCUUGCAAAUUGUCCUCCAGGAUCAAUAAAGCCAAAUAAAUUCAUGGUCUCAGUAUUAGUACUAAUUUUUAUAAUAGUCAUAUUUAUUUUUUUUCAUUAUAAAAAAUUAACUGAUAAUUCGGAUAAAGUGAAAUAUUAUGAAAGUUUAAGACGAUUAGAUUUAGUAUUAGAGAUUGAUAAUGGUGGGACACCUCGAAGAAACACAUAUGUUCGUGAUCCAAGAAGAUUUCUUGAAAAGAAUAGAUAUUUUUUAUGGGCAUUACGAAAUGGUAGAGAAGAAAUACAACCCAGAAAAUCCUUAGCUAGAGGUGCAAGAACUUUUGAUAUAGAUAUAGAGUUUGAGAAUUUAACACUAGAAUUACCGAAUGGUAAUUUGGCUUUGAAAGGUGUUUCUGGAGAAUUUAGGCAUGGGAGAACUUGUGCGGUCAUGGGUCCAUCAGGUUCUGGUAAAAGUACUUUAUUAUCACUCUUGACUGGAAAAAUUGCGAAAAAAAGCGGUGUUGUGAAAAAAAACGAUACUGUAGGAUCGUUGAAAAAAUACAAAAAACUUAUUGGCUUUGUUCCACAAGAAGAUAUAAUGCUUCGUGAGUUGACAGUACGAGAAAUUUUGGUGCAUUCAGCGCUAAUGCGUUUACCAAGCAACAUGGCACUAGAGGACAAAAGACUAAAAGUCAUGGAAGUAAUUAGUUUUUUAAAACUGGAUGGAGUGAUGGACUGUAAAAUCGGGAAUGAAGAGCAACGUGGCAUUUCUGGUGGGGAACGUAAACGUGUAAAUAUUGGAAUGGAAUUAGUUGCUGAACCAUCUGUACUUUUCUUGGAUGAACCAACUUCGGGUCUUGACUCAAAUAUGUCAUUAGAAAUAUGUUCAAUGUUGAAAUAUAUUGCAGAGAAACAAAAUAUAACAGUUGUCGCUGUUAUCCAUUCACCAUCUCAACAAGUACUUAAUACUUUUGAUGAUAUUUUGUUAUUAAACAAUAAAGGGCAAUCUAUAUAUUUUGGGGAUACAAAGAGUGUAAUAAGAAAUUUUAAUAAUCGGUCUCCUAGUAUAAGAGAUUUAGACGAAAGUCCCGCAGACUUUAUAUUAAAAAUUGCAUCUGGAAGAGUAAACACCAGAGCACCAACGUGCGAGACACCACCACAAUCAAGAAGUACAUUCCUUCGUGCAAUUAGAGCUUUUUUCUGCCAAAAUGAUAGGAUUCGUAAUACCCCAAAUGCAAUUUAUGCAUUUAAAUUAUUAUAUGAAAGGGCUUAUUCACAAACAUAUAAAUGUCGAAUUCGAUUUUUAUCUGAUCAAUUGUUACAUCUUUUCUGCGGUGUUUUUGUUUCAUUUGCUAUUACUAACUCUGAAUAUUUGGGAAGAACACCAAAAGAAAUCUGUUUAAUUACACCAUACGUUCUCAAGAGCUCUUGCUUGAUCCCUUUCGACCUUAUCCAGGAUGUUGGAGCAUUCGUGACCCUUGGUGUAACAUUUGCUGGAAUAAGUGCUGGAUGCACAACAUUCGGUUAUGAAAUGGUAGUUUACUGGCGUGAUACUUCGGCCGGAAUGAAAACGAUCCCAUAUUUUUUAGCAAAAGUCAUAAUAGAUAUACCUCGUAUACUUAUAGCAGCUUUGAUGUUCACAUUAUCACUUAUAGUAUUUUACCCAUUUCAAGUAGUUUAUCAUGAGUUGUAUCUUAUCAUUCUUUUAAAUUAUACUUCAGCAUGGAUGAUGGGUUAUUUUAUAUCAAUUGUAACUCCAAAAGAAAAGUUUGGAUUGGUUGGUACAGGAAUAGCACUUGCUUGGGGUUUAGUUUUAAGCGGUGAAUCUCCUAAAUUAGAAGAGGUUGAUAGUAAUGAUAGCUAUAAACCUUUAAAGUGGCUGUGGGAUAUUUCGGCACAAAGAUGGACUGUUGAAGCAUUAUAUCUUAGAGAAUUAUCAUCAAGAUUAUGGGAUGAAAUUAAAAAUGAAGAAUUAAGGCAUACUUAUAGUUUUGAUGAUUAUCCAAAAUGCCGAUGA